AUGCUGGUUCUCACGUUACUAUUAUUCGUCCCGUGCUUCGCCGCCGCAACAUCGAACUCGGGCUACUUUUCAUUCCCUCUGAAGGCCGACGACGUUCCUACCGUUCACAAUGCAGAUGUUCUCAACGUCACAUGGUACUCGCUCUACGACCAAGCUGUUCUCUACUUUUGGUGCAGCCAAACAUUAAUGGACACGGUCCGCGGCCUUGGCGGCGACGGCUCGCUGCAGUAUACCGUCAAUACAUCCUGGUCCUCACCCUGCCACUGGCAAUACGCAAAACAAAGCGACGAAUCGAAAUACAUGGACAGUGGCUUCGUCGACGUAACCAACCUGAAGGCCACUCCCAUCGUGACCUGGGGCCCCAAGGCCGCCGGUGUCGCCUGCGGUGCCUCAACUGUGACGGCUACCGCCAGCGCUGCGACAAUAAUCACCACCGUUACUGCUACGCCGGCCGCCUCCAAUGCAACUGCCGACCAGGAGCCCAAGCAACCCCUUGGCACCGGUGCAAGCAUUGGUAUCGGUGUUGCCAUAGGAGCUGUCGUUACUGGAAUCGUUUCUGUCCUGUGCUUCGUCGGCCGGAAGCGAGCUCAGGCACAAUCCAACCAGGCCGCCGCCGCAGCUUAUCACGAUGAUCGGAAAAGCUUCUACGAGUUGAACUCCACUUCGCGACCCGUCGAAGCCGACAAUUCAUGGAGCGGCCACUACGCAAACGCCGUCGAAUUACCGCCCGUACCUUUCCCUCACGAUACACCAGCUCGCCAUCGUAGCGACGCUUCUUCUCAAGUCAAAUAA